CUAUUGUGAUUCGUGCCUCUUCCAUUACAACACAAAGUUCAAAUCAAAACUCCCUCUAUCUUUGAAAACACCAAUCAAGCCAAGAUGCCUGCUGAUCAGAGCUCUUCACUUUCCGGCCACGGCCAAACUGUGUGUGUCACCGGGGCCGGAGGCUUCAUCGCUUCUUGGUUGGUGAAGCUUCUUUUGGAAAGAGGCUAUAAUGUUAGAGGAACCGUGAGAAACCCAGAUGACCCAAAGAAUGCUCAUUUGAGGGAGCUGGAAGGAGCCAGAGAGAGGCUGAGCUUGCGAAAAGCCGAUCUUCUCGAUUUCGAGAGCCUGAAAGAUGCCAUUAACGGCUGUGAUGGCGUUUUCCACACAGCGUCGCCUGUAACUGAUGAUCCGGAACAAAUGGUGGAGCCGGCAGUGAAUGGAACAAAGAACGUGAUUGUCGCCGCUUCUGAGGCCAAGGUUAAACGCGUGGUCUUCACGUCUUCAAUCGGUGCCGUGUACAUGGACCCGACGAGAGGUCCCGAUGUGGUUGUUGAUGAGUCAUGUUGGAGUGAUCUGGAGUUUUGCAAGAACACCAAGAACUGGUACUGCUAUGGGAAAGCUGUGGCGGAGCAAGCAGCGUGGGAUGAGGCCAAAGAGAAAGGAGUAGACUUGGUGGUGGUGAACCCAGUUUUGGUGCUUGGACCACUGCUCCAACCAACCAUCAACGCCAGCAUUAUCCACGUCCUCAAGUACUUGACUGGCUCGGCCAAGACUUAUGCCAAUUCUGUUCAGGCCUAUGUGCAUGUUAAGGACGUGGCAUUAGCACACAUACUGGUGUAUGAAACUCCCUCGGCAUCUGGCCGUUAUCUUUGCGCCGAGAGCGUCCUUCACCGUGGAGAUGUAGUUGAAAUCCUCGCCAAGUUCUUCCCUGAAUACCCGAUACCCACCAAGUUGAAAGAUGAUGGGAAACCCAGAGCAAUACCCUACAAGUUCUCAAAUCAGAAGCUACAAGACUUGGGUUUGGAGUUCACUCCAGUGAAACAGAGCCUAUAUGAUACUGUCAAGAGCUUGCAGGAGAAGGGUCACCUUAAAGUUCCUACAAAACAAGAACAAGACUCCAUUAAGAUCCAAUCUUAAGUGAGGCUUAUAUAUUUUGGGUACUGCGACCUGAAAAUAAUUUCAGGCUUUGCUCCAGUAAUAUGGUAGUGAUAAGAAUAUUAUGAAAUGUUAAUGAAAGGACAAUGAAAAGUUGCUAGUAUUUUGUUGUCUAUGGCAAAUCCCUUAAUUAAUGUUUUUUUCCUUUUCUUUUUAAACUCUAAUUGUGAUUCGGUGCAUAUAUAUAAAAAUCUUGUAAUCGAUCAUAUUUUAAAAAUUUAAUGUCAUAGUUUGAA